AUGAUGACCUCGUUCACGGAGACGAGUACUGUCCUCGGAAAGCGCAAGACGCGCAGCCAGAAGCCUCUUGUGCUACAUCUCUCUGCUACCGACGACUCGGAUAGACAAGAUUCGGAUUUUAAUCUGGAGGAUGAACUGUCGGAGGCGCCUCACGAAGUUGGCGAGGGAGAUCGCUUAGAUGAAAUACGGCAUCGCUCUUCCAAGAAGCGUGCUAGGAGUACUGGCGCUCCUAAUAUUAAACGUUAUGCUUGCGACUUCGAUGGCUGCGAUAAGAGCUACGCCAAAGCUGCGCGUCUUGCCGAGCACACACGCUCGCAUACUGGCGAGCGCCCCUUUGUGUGCUCUACAUGCAAUAAAUCAUAUCUCCGGGACACGCACUUGCAGGCGCACACGCGUUCACAUCUUCCCGAGUCGGCGCGCCCUCUCCAAUGCGAUGUAUCUGGAUGCGGUAAACGAUUUUGGACGACACAACACCUCGAGGUACACGAUAAGACGAUCCAUCAAGGAGAGCGACACUUUACUUGUACGGAACCAGAUUGUUCCGAAGGCUUUGCCAAACAUAAUCAAUUACGCGCACACAUCGCCUCCGUACACUCGCCUCCGGGUACGAAGCCCUACCGCUGCACGCACGAAGAUUGCGACAAAAGCUUCGCCACCAAUCAGAAGCUCAAGGCGCACGUCAAGGUGCAUGAUGAGUCUCGCUACACAUGUACACUAGCUCAAUGCGAGAAUGCGAACUUCUCCACUUGGACCGCGCUCCAAGCACACAUUCGCACCGCUCAUCCGCCGACAUGUCCAUACCCAUCCUGUGACGGGAAGACCUUCGCUCGACGAGAUGGUCUACGAGCCCACUUGAAGAUACACCGACAACACGAGGAAGAAGAUGCUAUGGGUGGCGACGGGGAUGAUGAAGGCGAUGAGGGUGGGGAAGACGAUGCCGAAGAACGUCCGAAGAAGAGGAGACGUGGAGGAGAGUUGGGUAGGGACUGGGUGUGUGAAGAGGAUAGGUGCGGCAAGGACUUCAAGUCGAAGAAAGCACUCGCGACGCAUGCUCACGUCGUACAUGCUGGAGCACGAGACUUUAUCUGUGCUGCGCGCGGAUGCAACAAGGCGUACGGCUAUAAGCACUUGCUGCAGCGCCAUGUCGCGCGCGCUCAUGCGCGCAGAUCAGCCAGUAUUGAAGAGGGCGAGGGAGAUGGUGGAGGGGAGGAUGACGAAGAGUAUGUGUCUACGGCGCGCAACGCGGAGCCUGGUCCUUCAUCCAAGUCAAAGGAAGGUGCUACGAGGCAAGUGGCUAGCGCCGAUGCCGCCGUGGAGAACGCAAACGACUUCAUCGACGGCAUCACCGGCGCAGCCUAUGCCCGAGCCGCACGAGCGACCCGCACACUGCCAUGUCCAUAUCCGUCCUUCACUGGCCUUCCCCAUCAACUCGUGGAGGAACACGCCUCAGACCUGGAAAUGCAUGGCGCAGAAGAACCAGAUGCAUCUAGCGCGAAGGAAUCCAACUCUCCACCAAAGGCGUGCGAAUACUCGUUCACGCGCGCCUAUGAUGUCCGUCGGCAUGUGCGCGCCGUACAUGGUGUUGAGCUUACAAAGGCGGACGUCGAUAAGUGGGCACGAGAGGUCCGUGGUACCAAAGCAUAA